AUAAGCGGUUAGUCAUAAUCAUAACAGACACGUUUUUGGUGCGCGACAGAUAAAUUGAUCGAGAAAUUGUAUAAUGUAGGUCCAGCGAACUGCGCCGAACGCUGGCUGAUAAAGUGUCAUUGUUAAUACCUUUUGUUUCUUUGUGAUUUCGCGACGAUACGGACGUGGAGAUAACAACUUCUUGUUUACCGUUUUAAGCCAGCCUUUAUUACAGUCGCUCAAGUAGUUCUCAAGCCUCAAGGUUUCAUAAAAAACAACCAAUUGAAUUAUUUUUAAUGUGCAUGGGUGAUUGAUCAGUAGUUUAAGACUUUAAGUAGUCACUUGAAGCUUUGUCAAUGGUGUCCAACUGUGUUUUUGUAGGACUUUUAUCUGGCGAUGGCAACAAACAGGAGCGGUGCGGCGCAGCGGCCGAACGGCGCUCCACAAACGAAGGUCUGCCAGUUCAAGCUGGUGCUCCUCGGCGAGUCAGCAGUGGGCAAGUCCUCGCUGGUCCUCCGCUUCGUGAAGGGCCAAUUCCACGAAUACCAGGAGAGCACGAUCGGCGCCGCUUUCCUCACGCAGACCGUCUGUCUCGAUGACACUACGGUGAAGUUUGAGAUUUGGGACACGGCGGGGCAGGAAAGGUAUCACAGCUUAGCGCCGAUGUACUACAGAGGUGCGCAAGCGGCGAUCGUCGUAUAUGAUAUUACUAAUCAGGACACAUUCGGUCGCGCCAAGAACUGGGUGAAGGAGCUCCAACGGCAAGCUUCUCCGUCCAUAGUGAUAGCACUAGCGGGCAACAAGAGUGACUUGGCCGCCAAGCGCAUGGUCGAGUUCGAGGAGGCGCAGGCCUACGCGGACGAGAACGGCCUGCUCUUCAUGGAGACUAGCGCCAAGACCGCCAUGAAUGUUAACGACAUAUUCUUAGCUAUCGCGAACAAGUUACCAAAGAGCGAGGGCGGCGGCAGCGCGGCGGCGGGCGGCGCGCGGCGGCUGGGCGACGCCGAGCAGCCGCGCUCCUCCUCCUGCUGCAAGUGAUACCCACGUCUGACAAAACCGCCGUUAGGCUCAGGCGUGGUCGCGGGUUGAGGUAUGUAGUGACGUCACCGCCACGCGCCACUCCGCCGCCGGCCCGCGCGGCCGGACACACACGAGCCACGUAUCACACGAGGCACUUCCAACCGCCUCGCCGUGUAUGAGGCGAGGCGCAGUCGUGUCGUGUGCCUCGCCUCAUACAAUCACCACAUAGGUAUGGCGGCUGUAGUAUAACAAUUCUAUGCUGCGUAGAGAAUACGAUAUACUUUGUACAGGGUAGAAUUGUUAUACGAAAUAAAACAUCUAGAAACAUCGAGUUUGCCUCGUAUAAAAGUCGUUUCGCAGUUUUCCAACGUUUCGUCUGCGCCUCGUGUGGUAUAUGUAUUUUAUGUUUCUCAACAAAUUAGCGAAUUGUUAUCGAGUUAUGCCUCGCGGGGUGGUCUUUAGCUGUAUACAUAAUGUAUAUCUACUUAUUUCUUGCAAUAUUUAUCUUUAAAGUGACACGCCUCGCGAGCCUGCCUCGCCUCAUAUAUAUUUAUAUAAAGUGUGUUUGUACGUCCACGCGGGCCGCAUUAAAACAUUAUAUAUUAUUAAUAAAAACAAGCUAAUUAUAAAAAAAUGAUAACUAGUUUUAAAACUUAUUUGUAACUGUAAUGAAAAAUGUAAUAAAAAUGAUUAUAUUUACUUUCGUUUGUAUCAGAUAGCAGUGCACUGUGCCGUAGGGUUAACGAGAUUCCUUCGUUUUAGCAGUAAUUGAGCUUGUGUUAUACUAUUAAAUAUUAUACAAUAUACUUCACUUGGAGAUAUUACAAUCAGGUAUCUAAACUUAGAACUAAAGGUUAUAAAAAAUUGCUAAAAACAGAAAGUUCAAUAGUUAUUAUUGAGCGUUUCUUCAGCUGAAGUAUAUUGUGUGUAAAAUAGAAGCGUUUAUGUCAAAAUUAAUUGGUGAAGGUGCAUUUACAUUCGUGUAUCGUUACAUAUACAUUUAAUAUUAUUUUUAUCAUCUUUUCACUUAGCUGUGGCGACAAAUAAAAUUACUAUUUUCCUAAAUAAAAUCUCAACGCUUCAAAUAAAUAAAAAAUAACCAUUUUACUAUGAAAAGUGCAGUUUUGUUUGUCGCCACAAAACUAGCUGUCGUCUCAAUGUCUCAUGUUCAUUUACUUAUAAAUGUUAUUAUUUGUAUCUGCACUGUUUAGCGAAAUUUUUAUUUUAAUAAAUGUAUAUUCGUUUUUAAGUUUGAGAGAUCAGAAAUGAAUUUUAAUGACAAGUAUGUGUCUACAAUACGAAAAAGUUACGCUUCGUGGAAUAUAGUAAUUUUAUAUAAAUAUAGAGUAACAUUUAUAAGUAAGGAGUUUACUUCCCUCUGGGUAGUCACGUUCAUACGAUGAAGGUUCCAUGUAUGCCGACCCUUUCCCGCUCCAUGUAAGCUUCGCUCGAUACUUGUAUACUUCGUCUUUGUAGACUAAUUCCUGAAACUAAAUUGACUACAACUAAGUCCCUAAAUGGUCCUAAAAGUGCGAAGUAUCUCUAGAGUGUAUCUUUUGGGAAUGUUCCCAUUGCAGUGCAUCGGUUGGGAAUAAAUCGUGUAUAAACGGAGAUCCCUUCAUAGUACUAAUAAUAAAAUCAAUUCUCGUUGAAAUGUGUAGGUACAUUCAUCCAUACAUUAUUUUAGUUCAAAAUAAUAUAAUAUGGCAUAGUUAUUUAAUGAAAUAGAUUUACACUUCUCAGUUAGGAAGUUAUAUAGUUAUUUUUAAAACACUAAUUAUUCGAUGGAUAAAUUGUUCUAUACAUAUUAUUAAUUAUUAUGUAUAUUGUCUUGUAUAAUUUAUAUUUUAUAAGUAAAAUGUAAACGGUGGGGUCAUAAUGUCGUAUCCUUUUUUUUAUAAUCGCAUUCCAUACAGGGAGGACUCGCUGGGGCCUGCGGAACCCGAAACUUACAAUGUCGAUAAUAUUAGACUGUAGUAUCGACAUCGAUAAUUCCGAUAGCUAUCACACCUCUAUUUGUCGAUAUAUUGCAAGUACUUGUAGCGUUCGCCAGUUGCAUAUCGUUCUUGAAGUCCAACAUGAAUUGCUAUAAUAUAGCCAGCAUUACACCGCAGUGUGAACGCUCGUUUUUCGCUUGUUCUGAGAAAUCACUUUUAUUUCCUUUGAAGCUUGCAUCACUCCUUACUUAGCAAUUUAUAAUUUAUCUAUAAGAAGGAUAGGUACAGUCGAACACCUUGCGGGAAUGGAAUUUGUGUUGACGCGUCAGUUUUGUAAUACAAGAGAAUUUCUAACACUCCACACCCAUCAUUGGGAAAAAAAUAUCGAUACGCAAGUGUCACUUAACGUUUAUUAAUCAAAGCUUAUAGAUGCAUUUGAGGGCCGUUCCGUGGUACGCGAGCCCCGUUCUAUCAUUUCGUGAUAGUUUUGAUGUCCGUGUGUGUUUGUUGUAGCGUACCACGGAAUGGUUCAAUCUUGAGCGUUGACGCCGCUUCCUAGUUAAAAUUUGUAUCGGCCACAAGUUUAGAAACCCAUGUAAACGGUCAUUUGUUUAACAAAUUACUUGUUUUAUUUAACGUUGUGGUGUAAAGCCUGUUGAGGAAGCGGCACACAAUAUUGAACUCUUAGCCAACGCAAUAGAGUAGUGGUUGCAAGCAGUUUCCCCGAUAUUGGUUAGUAAGUAGCACUGGCCGUCACUGCUGGCCACGGACGCCGAUCAUGGUAGUAUUGUAUGUUUUUUGUAUUGUGUAAAUAUUUUGGAUUUAUUAAGAAUAUUAUUAUAUUGAUUAAAAAAACAUUGUAAAUGGA